ACACAUACGAGCGUUUCUCGGAAGUGUUAAUUGGAAAUGGCCGUAUGACCCGUUAAGUUUCCGAAAACACAUCCGCGCGUCAAACAAAUGCACAUGUGUGUCACCCGACUACGCAUACGUUAGCUCCCUAUAAAACAUGAUCGCAUACUCCGAGAGCAUUAAUCCUGGAUUAGUAUUCACACUCAGCAGACUUCGUCGUUACUCUGUGGUACACUUGCAACGAACCAGCAGUCACUGUAGCUAUCCAAAACAGUUGCGCAUCACAGUUUAUACCAAAAUGGCCUACAAAUUAUUUGCGUUUCUGAUAAUCGCGACAGCUUUCGUGUUGGUUCAGUCGAAGCCUCUUGAACAGUUUGCGGUGGAGCCAGUUGCAGAAAUGAUGGAGACAGCAGAAGCACAGCAUCCAUUCCUGCCGCGGUUUGCGAUGAAGAGAUUGAAAGAGAAACGCGAGGAGGCGCAGCGUAGGAACGGACACAACGCGCAAGCUCGUGGUGAUAACCGACGCAGAGCGCCGUGUGUUCAAAAUGGAUACGGAUAUGGCGUAAAAAAAAUGAAGCAAACGGUGAUUGUACUGUUAUCAUUGGGACUCGUCGGUGCACUCGCAAAUACUAUACAAUCGGAUAAUAAUAAUAAGGCUCUACCUGAGCCCAGUGACUCAGAAACCAAACAUGAAGAUACUUUAAACAAAACGGAACAAAAGGACCCUGUUGUUUCAUUUAUUGAUACAGGAUUGAUCAAGGAUGACGUGCGAAAUGGUGAAGUCAGCAUUACGAUUGAACAGGAUUUAAUACCCCCGCCAGUCGAAAUAGCUCAAGAUCCUCCGACUGAGGUGUACAUCACAGACAUACCAGAGUUCCCGAUAGAAGUUAAUAAUUACGACAGAACUUUGCCUGAUGGCUACGAAGAUGAGAUUAUGGACGCUGCAGCGAACUGGGUCCCGGUGCCGAUAUUCCGAAGGCAAAAGCAUAAAGCACACAGGCGAUUCUUCGGCCCCAAACAUUUCAUACAGAAGCCAUACCGACGGUUCCACUAUUAUCCGUACCACGCGUUUUACCGGCCUAGACCUUACUUUUUCUAGAAUAUUUUAGUAUUCUUAUUCUUGCCAUACUUAGUGUAUUAAUUUAAUAAAUUAUUUUAUAUUGCUACAUAA